UUCAAAGAAAGACUCCUUCAAAGUCCAAAGAGAAGCUCUAACAAAAACCACCACAACCAAAGCCUGAAACAAAAUCAGACCAUGAAGAAGCUCUACAGCAAAGGCAAAGUGCAUCCAUCACCGCCGGCCAUCGCCGACCAUUUAUCAUUGCUUCCCGCCACAAUUCUCACCCUCACGGUGGCUCUCUCUCCUCAAGACAGAGAAGUGUUGGCCUACCUCAUCUCCUGCUCUCCAACAUCCAAAAACUUCUCCGGCCACCAAAAAACCACCCGCAAAGGUGGUCUUGGUGGCGGAAGCGGCGGCGGUAGUUCUAAAGACCACCCUUCGCUGUUUCAGUGCGACUGCUUCCGGUGUUAUAUGAGCUAUUGGGCUCGUUGGGACACCUCACCUAACCGUCAACUCAUUCACGAGAUCAUAGAUGCUUAUGAAGAUAGGUUGUAUCAGAAGAACAAGAAGAAGGAUGUCAUGAAGAUCAAGAAGGAAAGAAGAAAGCGAGUUUGUAACGUGUCCGACGAGGAUCAGCGCGACUCCGGUGAGUCGGAACCGGUGGUGGAGGUGAGUUGCGGCGGUGGUGUUGAGGUGAAGGGUGAGGAUGGUGGACAGGUGGGGUUGGAGAAUAAGGGAUCGUUGAGAAGGCUUGUAAGCUUCAUUGGAGAGAGGAUUUGGGGUGUUUGGGGCAUAUGAAAAUGUUUAUCAAGGACAAGAAAAUCAGAAAGUGGUGGGUUUUUUUCGUUUUUUUUUUUUUUCUCUACAUUGCAAAUUUCUCUUCAUUUUAUUUUCCAUUAUUAGCUCAUAUUUUGUACAUGAUCAUCCUAGUUAAUUUUGUAAUGUAAUUAAGAAGAUGGGGUAAUUCUAAGACUAUCUAUCUUUCUUUUUCUCUCCCUC